AUGACCGUGCGCCCCACCGCCCUCCGUCUGGCCAGGCAUAUUGCCUCGCUCCACGAAUCCUUUCCGUUUUCGGGCCAUCGCCGCAGUGUCAUCCCAAUCGCCACUUCACCAAACCUCAGGCUUUACUCUUUGGGUUCCGACCCACGAAACGCGUCCGCGUCCGUCACUUCCAUCCCCCCUCCGGAGUAUACCUGGUUUCCUCCACCUUUGAUGAAGAGACCAUCAAACUCGAACACCCUCGUGCAGCGAAAACAUGAUCCGCAGAGCAUCAAAGGUUGUCACCCAGUCUUUGAGGCCGUCCUUGAGCGCUUUCGAUAUUGGGAGCGCCUCGACACCAGCGACGCUGAAACCAUCGAACUCGUCAUUAGGGACAAUGGGCUCCACUUCCACGGCAUUGUCGAAGCGCUUCUAUUCAAGUACGAGGCGAAUACGGUCGGCCUGACUAUCGGCAGCAUCGACGAAGCCACGGACAACCUCGAAGAGGAGUUUCUGCGCUACCCGAAAGAUCCUUCUCUGUCAUCCAGCUCUUCCAUCCCGCCCACUCUGACGCUUGAUCUGAGAAAGCACAAUCCGGCUGAAGGUCUGGCGCUGGUAUCAUUCCUAUGUGUGGCAAAGUGCAGGUCUCUGACUAAGGCGACAUUGGAGGUCAUUUCUUUCAACGGCGAGAAGGAGAUCUGGCCCGAAUAUGAGGAUAAAGCUCUCGAGGACCUCAAUGACGCCAGGAAAGAAUGCCACCUCAAGGGGGACAGACGUUUGCUAAGCUCUACUUAUUCCAGAUUUGUAUGA